AGGCUGGUCGUUCAGGACUACGAGUAUUUGUAAACAAAGACUUUAAAACUUAUUUACCAAUUUUUGGAUCAGAGAAUCUUGCAUUAAACAAACCAACUAGACAAACUAGUGAAUAUGGUGGUGGUAGAUUUUCUUUCAAAGCGGUCGAUGGAAAUCUCAGCACCCAUAAUCCCGACUGCUCUCAUACACAUCCUCCAACAGAUACACCCAAUUGGUUGAUGGUUGACUUAAAAGUUGAAUAUGAAAUUACAAGUAUCAAGGUCUUAAAAAGACAAGACGACGCAGUUGGUAGAUUGAGAAAUUUUACUGUUUCUGUUUGGCAAUAUGAUCCUGGUCCUCAUAUCAAAUAUAACAUGGUGGAUACUGAAUACUGUAUUUGUGUCCAUUACCCGAACACAGCAGAGAGAGGCACCUGGACAAAUUUAACAUGUACGAAAAUAUGUUUGGGAAGAUUUGUUCUGUUUGUUUUGAACAACCCAGAUUAUUUAUCAAUAUGUGAAUUAGAGAUAUUUGGUGAUAUAUACAAUGGCUGUUCAACACAGUACUUAUCUGAAAUGAAUAUAAAGAAAGUGGUAGUUUUCGGAUUAGAGAAUCUUGCAUUAAAUAAACCAACUAGACAAACUAGUGACUAUGGCGGUAGAUUGUCUUCUGAAGCUGUCGAUGGAUAUCUAAACACGGUUGCCUUCCACUGCUCUCGUACAAACAGUCCAACAGAUACACCUAAUUGGUUGGUGGUUGACUUAGAAGUUGAAUAUGAAAUUACAAGAAUCAAGGUUUUAAAUAGACAAAGCAACGGAGGUGAUAAAUUGAGAAAUUUUACUGUUUCUGUUUGGCAAUAUGAUCCUGGUCCUCAUAUCAAAUAUAACAUGGUGGAUAAUGAAAACUGUAUUUGUGUCCAUUACCCGAACACAGCAGAGAGAGGCACCUGGACAAAUUUAACAUGUACGAAAAUAUGUUUGGGAAGAUUUGUUCUGUUUGUUUUGAACAACCUAGAUUAUUUAUCAAUAUGUGAAUUAGAGAUAUUUGGUGAUAUAUACAAUGGCUGUUCAACACAGUACUUACCUGAAAUUCAUAUAAAGAAAGUGGUAGGUAAACGUUCCAGACCACCAAAUUGUACACUCUUACCAUAUGAAGUAGCCGAUGUAUAUGAGUGUAGCCAUCAAUGUUUACAGAUGAACAACUGUAUCAGUUUUAAUUAUGGCCCUAAUUUAAUCAACACUAUUAAUUGUCAAUUAGUGAGAUGUUUUUCACACCCAAAACAAGACUUUACUGUAGAUAGUGAUUGGAACUGGCGAUAUUUGUCACGUUAA